CAUCGCCAACUUUACUUUUUACAGUUUCGGUUUCUUCCUGAACUUUUCAACCUUUUACGCCUUUCUUGUUUAUUUGUGAAUUAAAUCAACAUGGGAGCUUGUUUGGCACUAGGAUCCCUCGCCAGUUGUGCGUCGUGUCUGUGCGGCUCGGCCUCCUGCCUGCUGUCCUCCUGCUGCCCGUCAGCCUUUAACUCAACCAUCACCCGGCUGGCCUUCUCCUUCCUGCUGCUGCUCGGCACGCUGGUGUCCAUCAUCAUGAUCCUGCCGGGCAUGGAGGAGCACCUAAAGCAGAUUCCAGGUUUCUGUCUCGGAGGAACCUCUGUACCAGGGAUAGAGAACAAGGUGAACUGUGACAUCAUCGUGGGUUACAAGUCUGUGUACCGCAUGUGCUUCGCCAUGGCCUGCUUCUUCUUCCUCUUCUCCAUCAUCAUGAUCCGAGUGCGCAGCAGCAAGGACCCCCGAGGCGCCAUCCAAAAUGGUUUCUGGUUCUUCAAGUUCCUGGUGCUGGUGGGAAUUACCGUGGGAGCGUUUUUCAUUCCAGACGGGAUCUUUAACACAGUGUGGUAUUACUUCGGCAUGGUGGGCUCUUUCUUUUUCAUCGCGGUGCAGCUCAUCCUCCUCGUGGACUUCGCUCACUCCUGGAACCAGUCCUGGCUGCUGAAGGCCGAAGACGGAAACUCCAAGUUCUGGUUCGCAGCUCUGCUCACGGUCACCGUCAUCUUCUACGCCCUGGCGUUCAGCUUCGUCGUGGUUUUCUACAUUUACUACACCAAGCCCGAUGACUGCACCGAGCACAAAGUCUUCAUCAGUCUCAACUUCAUCUUCUGCAUCAUCGUGUCCAUCGUGUCCAUCCUGCCCAAAGUCCAGGAAGCUCAGCCCAGCUCCGGCCUGCUGCAGGCCUCUUUCAUCUCGCUCUACACCAUGUACAUCACCUGGUCCGCCAUGAGCAACAACCCCAACCGUAAGUGUAACCCCAGCCUGCUCAGUUUGGUGACGGACCCUUCUGCGACUCCAGCUCCAGGACCGGCUCCCACCACGGCCCCAGGGUCCACCCAGUGGUGGGACGCCCAGGGCAUCGUCGGGUUGAUCAUCUUCCUGUUCUGCACGCUUUACGCCAGUAUCCGCUCCUCCAACAAUGCCACGGUGAACAAGCUGAUGCAGACGGAGGAGGGCCAGGGUCUGACGAGCGACAGUUAUGAGACCGGGGAGGACGGGGUCCACCGCGCUGUGGACAACGAGGAGGACGGAGUCACCUAUAGCUACUCCUUCUUCCACUUCAGCCUCUGCCUCGCCUCCCUCUACAUCAUGAUGACCCUCACCAACUGGUUCAUACCUGACGCCACCUACGAGACGAUGAAGAGCACCAUGCCCUCGGUGUGGGUCAAGAUCAGCUCCAGCUGGUUCGGCCUGGCCAUCUUCCUCUGGACGCUCAUCGCCCCGGUGAUUCUGUCCGACCGAGACUUCAGCUGAAAACAGGGUGACAGACGCAGCAGCUAUCAUGUUAGCAUGUGGCUAUAUACACCUAAAUACCGCUUUAGCUUCCAAUUGAUUGUAUUUACUUGCAUUAAGGCUGCACAAUUUGGGAAAAUUAACUAAUUGCGAUCAGGUUUAUUUAUGGCUUGAUCACUUUUUAUCCUUUUUUAUUAUUGAGUGUUUGAAGAGGGUUCGUGCCAGGAAAAUAUGAUUAUGGAUACAAUUUAUAGGCUGGGAUAUCUCUGCAGCUCCACAAAACUUAAUUUAAAGUUACAUUUAAACACAUUCUCAGCCUUAAACCAACGUUUCGGUUAAUUGUGCAGCACUAUUGUGCAUCUCCACAGCUAGAAUUGGAGAAUUUAACGGUUAUAUGCUUUGAUUUAUUUACCUGAAGCCAUUAUACUGAAUUAAAAUGAGCAGUUUCGCUGGAAAUCGAGCUUUAAUUCAACAGUAUGUUUCCGUUAAUCAACGUCAGGUCUUUUUCACACUGUUACAAUCAUAAUGAUCCAGCACUACCUGCCUUUUAUUGGACCAAAUCAUCUUCAAUGAUCCCAUUGAGGAGUUUAUAUCAGGUUAUGGUUGUUUCUUCUAUUUAAAUCAGGCUUUAUGGAAAGGUGUCGUCUAAGAUUGUUCUAGUUAUGCCUUCUUUUAUUUUAAUGACGCAGCUUUGUCCACUUUUAUACUGAGUGCCUUGUUAUAUUUUUAAAGUCUUGGGUGUAAAGUUACUUCCUUAAUAACAAGUAUGUUUCAUUAUAAUCGAUAAAGUUGUUUAAUGUGAUUGUGAGUAGCUUCCCUGUCCUGCAGAGGGCGCUGCUGCACAUCAAAUCAGACGUUUUAUCCAGCAUAAAAAUAAUAAAGUAAAUGAUCAGUUUAUCUGGUUUUACAUUUUAUUUUGAGUCAUAUUAAAUAGUAGUUUUCUCAGCAGACACAAGAUGAGAGAAUACUCAGACCUACACUAAAGAGAACACAUUGAAAACACAGAAUAAAUGGAUAUGAAACGGAAAUGUCUAUUUGUUUUGAUUAAACUACAGAGAAAACGUAUUCAACAUAUUGUCAUUUAGAAAAAUAAAUUGCAGAAAAAUUGGUAAAA